AUGGGUCAGGCAUCCUCCUCCACAACCCCUAAUAAAGAGGCUCAAGAUUUUACCUUCAGCUGUGACAAGUUUUUUAAGACUUUCAAGAUGGAAAGCAAAAUCCUCUCUCCAGAAACCAUUGCUUCAAUUCAAUCACACCUGGAUGAGGGGAAUAUUCAGAAAACUGUUUCUGCAAUUAACGAUGCAUUGAAAAAUAUCCAGAAUGCCCCACUGAACAUUGCAGUGACAGGGGAGAGUGGAGCAGGGAAGUCCACUUUCAUCAAUGCCUUGCGGGGGGUGGGGCAUGAAGAAAAAGAUGCAGCUGCCACUGGGGUGGUGGAGACAACCAUGGAGAGAAUUCCAUAUCAACACCCAAAGCUUCCUAAUGUGAUAAUAUGGGACCUUCCUGGGAUUGGGACCACUAACUUCCAACCACGAAAGUACCUGAAGAAAAUGAUGUUUGGUGACUAUGAUUUUUUCAUUAUCAUCCCUUAUACACUCUUCAAAGAAAAUGAUGCACACCUGGCCAAAGCCAUUGCAAAAAUGAACAAGCAGUUUUACUUCGUUCGAACAAAAAUCGAUAGCGAUAUAUACAAUCAGAAAAUAUGCACACCUAAAUCCUUCAAUAGGGACAAGCUCCUGCAAAAGAUUCGAGAUGACUGUCUCAAACACCUGGAAGAUAACAAUAUAAAUGGUGCUCAAGUCUUCUUAGUCUCUAGCAUUCACGUGUCUAACUAUGACUUCCCUAACCUGGAGACCACUCUUCUGAAGGAGCUGCCCGCUCACAAGCGCUACAUCUUCAUGCAAUGCCUGCCAAGUGUUACUGAGGCUGUCAUUGAUCAGAAGAGAGAUUCCCUGAAGCAGAUGGUCUGGCUGGAGGCCCUAAAGGCUGGAGCAUCAGCUACCAUUCCUAUGAUGGGAUUAAUCAAUGAUAAUGAUAUAGAGAAGUUAAAGGAGACCUUAACCCUCUACAGAUCUUACUUUGGGUUGGAUGAUGCAUCACUGGAAAAUAUGGCUAAGGAUUUCCAAGUAUCCAUGCAGGAACUCAAGGCAAACAUUAAAUCUCCCCAUUUGCUCUCAGUUGACAGGGAUGAAUCCUUAGGGGAAAAAGUACUGACAUAUAUUGAGAAAGUUUGCUCAGUCACUGGAGGAUUCCUUGCCACUGGUCUUUACUUUAGAAAGGUCUUCUAUUUACAGACUUAUUUCCUUGACACUGUGGUCAGUGAUGCUAAAGUUCUCCUUAAAAGGGAAGUUCUUUUCACAGACUCAAAGAUCUCUGAGCAGAGCUUUAAAAAUGGGGUAAGUGAAGCAGAGAGCCCCUGA